UUUCCAUGUGAACAGAAGUAAACAAAAAAGAUACAGACGAUUUAAACUUCAAGAUAUUCUAGUGUUUUAUAUCUAAAUAUGUCGCGUAAUUCCAAAGCUGUGUUUUUGGAUGUCGACUCCAGUAUAGUGGAAAAAAAUCUCUUAAUACGGAAAGGUAAUGAAGAAGAGGAAGAUAUAAAUAAAUUUUUCGAGAAACAAAAUUAUCCUUCCAAGUUAAUUAAACCAUCACCAGGUUUUUGCAUAAAAACACGAGAACAAAAUGACAAUAACAAAGUAUUCAUCAACAUAUGUCAAACUGAGUCUAUUCCAUCACCAAAGGAAAUCACAUCAGCCGAAUUGCAAGAAAUACUGGAAUCGGACGAACCCGGCGAAUAUAAAGUACCCAUGAGCAUCGGCGAAUUGAGAACUGAGAAAGAUAAAAAAGGCGAACAAGCCAAAGUAUGCGACAUAGCCAUCCAUCCGCAUUUUUUCAAAAAAAUCAUGGAAAUACAGACAUUCAAAAAUUUCUUUCUCGCCAUUGUUUUCCACGGUUUACAAGACAAAUAUAACCUUGAAUGUGUAGAAGAGAAAAUAAUAUUGAAAAAUAGAAAAGUCUUCGGUACUCUUCAGACUCAUAGAAUACAAGAUAGAGAGAUAAGGGAAAAAAUGAAUGAAACCAACACGUUACCAAUACUGAAGAAUUUUGGUGAACAGAACGCGAAGAAACCCCUCAUAGAAACCAUUUCUAGCGUUGAAAAUACAAUUAAAGUACCGGAAUACAGAUUAUACAAGAAAAAAGAUGGAAGAAACUGUCUACAUGGUGAAUUCAAACUACCAGAUGUAAUUUCGGCAAAAGAAUUAACCCUGGAUAUUGGUGAGGACAGAAUUCUUUUAGAAUCCAAAAGUAGAGGAUAUUUACUCGAUAUAUUUAUACCGUACUAUAUAAAACAAAAAAAUUGUUCUUCCUCAUUCAAUAAAUCUACUAAAGUGUUGACCGUUAUGAUGCCGUUAGUCGGUGGAUAAACAAAAAGUUACUUUGAAAUUGAAUUAUAAUUAAGUUGAAAUAAAUAAAAAAUCGAAAAUCCUGU